AUGAGGGUCCUGAUUAUCACCAUCAAUACAGAAAUCGCCGCGAAUAGUGCCGGGUGCGGAUUCAAGUGGAUUGGUUUCACCCAAAAGUUUACGUCCAGUCUUAACGGCAUCUUUACCUUCCCAGACCAUACCGACUACAGUGGAAACGCCGUCGAGGAUGUCAAAGAAAAAAGUCAACAUUCUUGUCGGAGCGACGGGAAGCGUGGCAAGCAUCAAGAUACCGAAUCUGAUACAAUCCUUAUUGAAGGUAUCGUCUUCAAGGGAAUCCUCGUGUACGAAAAUGUCGAGAUCAAAGUGGUCGCGACAGAACGAGCUCUACAUUUCUUUGAUAGAAAAUACGUAGUGGAGGAAUUAGGAGUCGAGGUCAUAACUGAUAAGGACGAGUGGGAGGCCUGGAGUAAAAUAUCAGAUCCUGUUUUGCACAUCGAGUAUCGAAAUUGGGCCGAUAUCUUCGUCAUCGCUCCGCUCGACGCCAACACCUUGGGAAAAAUCGCAAAUGGGUUAUGUGAUAACCUGAUCACAUGUAUCUUGAGGGCAUGGGAUAUGACACGUCCGGUGAUCAUAUGUCCAGCAAUGAAUACCUAUAUGUGGGAACACCCAUUCACAUCAACGCAUUUAAGAGUCUUGGAAGAUCAAUUGAGAUUCCUAAUUAUUUCCCCCGUAAGCAAGAAAUUGGCGUGUGGUGAUACAGGUGUUGGCGCAAUGGCGGAAGUGGCGACGAUCGUGGAAUUCCUGGCUCAAAAAUUGUCCAUCUUUAAACUUACUUAG